AUGUACAGCAGAUUCGUGGACCUGCAGAACCUAACAGGGCCGCCUGACUUCAUUCUGCUGGGACUCGCAAGGCUGCCGGAGCUACAGCUUCCCCUGUUUGGGAUCUUCCUCUCCAUCUACACAGUCACAGUGGUGGGCAACCUGGGCAUGAUCAUUCUGACCAAGCUGGACGCCCGUCUGCACACACCCAUGUAUUUUUUCAUCCGACAUCUGGCUAUCAUUGACCUUGGCAAAUCCACUGUCAUUUGUCCCAAGAUGCUGGUGAAUUUUGUUGUGGAUCAAAAUACCAUUUCCUAUUAUGCCUGUGCCACCCAGCUGGCCUUCUUCCUCCUGUUCAUUAUCAGUGAAUUCUUCGUCUUGUCAGCCAUGGCCUACGACCGCUACGUGGCCAUCUGCCACCCUCUGCUCUACCGCGCCAUCAUGUCCCAGACAUGCUGCCAGGCGCUGGUGGGCAUUCCCUACCUGUACAGUAGCUUUCUGUCUCUGAUGUUCACCACUAAGAUUUUUACACUGGACUUCUGUGGCCCUAACGUCAUCAGUCACUUCUACUGUGAUGAUGUCCUGUUGUUACCUAUGCUCUGCACAGAUGCGCAGGAAAUACAGUUGUUGAUCAUAUGCUUCUCAGCGUUCAACUUGAUCUCCUCCCUCCUGGUUGUUCUUCUGUCCUAUGUGCUGAUUCUGCUCGCCCUAUGUCGGAUGAAGUCUGCAGAGGGAAGGAGGAAGGCUUUCUCCACCUGUGCUUCCCACCUGACGGUGGUGGUGGUCUUCUACGGGACUCUUUUCUUCAUGUACCUGCAGCCCGGAUCCGCUCACUCCUUUGAGACUGAUAAAAUCGCCUCUGUGUUUUACACAUUAGUGAUCCCCAUGCUGAACCCCUUGAUCUACAGCAUUAGGAACAAAGAGGUGAAAAAUGCCUUCUACAGAGUCUUCAGGUAUCGAUGCAAGCUUUUUACCUAA